CCAAGUCCACUACUGCACCCAAUCAUCCUCAGUCUGCAUAUAUGUUUCCCAAUAGAAGCUUGCAGUUAGUUAGGGUUUGAGAUGAUGAGAUCUAAUAGAUGUGCAUCUUCUUUGAGUUCCGGCUCUACCCCAUCUCUCGCAGGUAAUGUUAAAGAUUUCGGCAUAUAUAUGGAAUUGUACAGAGCUUCAGUGCAAGGGAAUUGGAAGGCAGCUAAUAGAUUCUUCAGAACGCAUAAGGAAGCAAUCAAAGCUCCUCUGAACCACAACUCAGAAACUGUAUUGCAUGUUGUUGCUAGAUCAGGCACUGCGUCAUUUGCGGAAAAGCUCGUGAAUUCGAAAAUGUUUCCAGACGAAGCGCUUCACCUCAGAGCCAAGGAUUAUGACCUUACCCCACUUCACCUUGCUGCCCAGUAUGGAAACGUUGGGGUGGCUGAAAUCCUUGUCAGGAAGAAACACACUCUGCUCUAUGACAUGGAUGCCGAUGGUUUAUACCCAAUCCAUUACGCGGCUUGCAAUACUGGCAACGCCAAGGACGUCUUUCGCUUUUUCUUUGGUGUCACCAAGGCUAAUGAAGAUAGGCAACCUAAUCCGUAUGAAGGCCCAGCUGGUGCCGCUAUUCUUGUUAACUUAAUCAGAUCUAAAUUCUAUGACAUGGCUUUGGAGUUGGUUGGUCAGCACCAUGAUGUGACUCAUCAUGCUGCAUUAAACAUGGGCGUACCUCCUUUGGAUGCCAUAGUUAAAUAUGACUGUCCUAUCAUUAACACAGCUAACUUCAGUUUUUGGAAAAGGUCAAUAUACUAUUGUAUUUCCAAGAAUUCAGCAUCUACCCAAAAUUUUGUCUCACAAUUGUUGCUGUGGAAGAGCAUUCCAAAAAAAAUCCUGAUGCACCAACAAGCCACAGACCUUCUUAAAUGCUUGUGCGAUGAACUUAAAACCUUAAAUGAUUACAACCAAGUGUUCUCACUUGCAUCAGAUGCGUUACUUCGAGCAGUACAUUUAGACAUUGCCGAGGUGGUUCUAAGUAUUGUGGAAGCAUAUCCUACGAUGGCUUAUUGCUCUGACCACAACGACUUGAAUAUACUUCACAUCGCAAUAGAGAAUCGCUGCGAAAACAUUUUUAACCUUAUUCGUGGAACCAGUGUGCUUGUGCAUAAUUUGCAGGAUACAAUAAACGGAAAUGGAAAUGACAUUAUGAAUUUGGCUGCGAAAUUGGCACCCCAACACAAACUAAAUCUUGUUUCUGGUGCAGCUCUUCAAAUGCAGCGGGAGUUACAAUGGUUUAAGGAAGUGCAAAAAAUUGCACUACCAUAUUUUUCGUCAUGCAUGGAUGAAUAUGGUAAAACACCGGAAAUGCAUUUUACAGAGAACCAUAGACUCUUAAAAAUUGAAGGAGAGAAAUGGAUGAAGGACACAGCAACUUCAUGCACAAUUGCAGCAGCUCUCAUUGUUACUGUCGUCUUUGCCGCUGCAAUCACCGUCCCUGGUGGAAACAGUGAUGCAAAUGGCCUCCCAAUCUUCUCCAGCCACAAUGCUUUCACAGUAUUUGCCAUCUCAAAUGCUGCAUCUCUCUUUACAGCCGCUACUUCCUUGCUGGUGUUCUUGUCCGUCUUAACCUCUCGCUACGCAGAACAAGAUUUCCUAUAUGCUCUUCCCAACAGACUAAUCAUAGGUCUCAUCACCUUGUUUUUCUCGAUUAUAUUAAUGAUGACAGCCUUUUCCUCAACCAUCUACCUCGUAUUUGGGCAAAACAAGUCAUGGAUUCGUAUUAUAGUGCCAGCACUAGCAUCUUUGCCCAUCACUUCAUUUGUGCUUCUUCAGUUCCCACUGCUUGUAGCUUUGGUAUCAUCUACUUACGGACCCGGUAUUUUCAGUCAGCGUGGAAUUCCCCAGAUGUUAAUCUGACGACUCAACAAUAUACCAAAACCUAUCAACACCAAGCCGGAUGCAUGGACUUUUCGUAAGUAUGUUGUACGUUUAUAUUUUGUUGCAUGUUAAUUAAUCGGAAUAAACCAAAACCUAUUAACGGGAUGGAUGGCCUUUUGGAAAGUUUUACGUUUAUAUUUUAAUUUGUUGAGAUCGAUCGAUCAGGUGAAUUGUAUUAAGAUGAUUUUUAUCAGUCAAUUACUCAUAAAUGUUUUCAAAUCAGUUAAUUACUCAUGUUAUUGAAGCCAAA